UCCCAAACAAUGUGUCACCUGUACUACGGAGAAUCACUGCGCCCAUUCCUCACAAAAUAUGUUGAGGUAAAAGUGACGGACAGCAGAUGGUUUUGCCAUUUUUUCAUCUCUUCAUAUGAUUUGUGGAGAGGUCUUGAUACUUUGAAGACAAAAGAAAUCAGUUGUGACUACAGUUUAGAAAAAGGAGACAAAUCCCCUCGCAGUGAUGGAUACGACAUGAGCGCUUUCAUAAAGAAUGCACCAGUGCCCCAGCCCCAUGUGACUACAGCUGUAUUAGAGCCAGUGAAGACUACAACCCCAGGUCAUGUGACAGGAAGUGAGCCCAAAACCUCAAGUCCAGAGCCAACCACCACCAUCUUGAUGUCUGGAACCCAAAAUAUGGCAAUUUCAGCUGAACCUGCUCCAAAUUCCACUUUAAAAGAUGAUGUUUUGAAGACGGUUCAGCAGCCGACAUCAGUGAGGUGGGUUUGGAAGCUGGUGGUUCUGCUGACUGUCUGUGGAGUGACUGUGGGCAGUGUCCUCCUGGUGCUCUCAGUUCUCUGCACUAAACAAGCUCCUGCAAAUUCAAACCACACCAAAUCACAGGACAGUAACCUUGAUGCAGUUGACCCACAGAAUCCCACCAGCAGCAACAUGGCUGCGAGUGGAAGUGCAUGUUACAGUUUGAUCACGUCUGCUCCAGCAAUCAAGGGCACAUCCAUGAUCGACAGAAAGGAGCUUAAACGUGAAGUCCAAUAUGACAGCAGCACAUAUCACCUCUAUGCCACCAUCCAAGACGACCCACUCCCUGCAUCUGUGGUUGACAGCUAUCUUUAG